AUCAGUGAACCUCUACAUAACCUCGUCUCCUAUAUGGAACAUCAGUGGAUGAACCACCCAAUCUUCACCAUUGAGUCAUGGUCUGUGUAUGGUCUUACCAUUCGCACCAACAACGAUUGUGAAGGGUGGCACAACAAAUUGAACCGAAAGGCUGGUGGUUUGAGCUUGUCAUUUUACAGACUGGUACCUGUCUUACAGUGUGAGGCUGAAGAAGUGUCAUAUGAGUUGCGUCACCUUAGAGAUGGUAUCUCUACGCGUCGUGUUCGUCCAGCAGCACGCAAGAUUGGGGAAAAGAUAAGGGAGCUUUGGAAGAACUAUUCUGCAGGGAAUAUUCAGACCAGUGAAUUGCUUGAAGGCUGUGCCUCGGUAUAUGGCCCUCAGUCUGAAGAAUAAACAGUUCAGGUUGAAAUAAUGUGAAGUGAUGAGUAAAAACUAUUAAGAGGAGUGACCUGAAGUUAAUGUGGCUUUCUGUUAAAACUAUUAAGAGGAGUGACAUGAAGUUAAUGUGGCUUUCUGUGACAGUUUAAUAUAACAGACAUUGUUUUUUUGUAUUAGAAUUAAAUUAUCUUUUUUAAUAAUUUUGAUAUAAUUUACAUUUUUGUGAUAUGAUCAUCCAUAACAUUAAUGAGCUUUAAAAAGAAAAAUUUACAAUUCAUGAAAUUAAUAA